AUGGCGGAACACGUGCAGAAACACCUGGAAUCGUUAGUGAACGUAAUACAAGAGAUGCAAAGGGUAAAUAUCUACACACCCACCGAAACCAGAGCAAUGAUAAAAGCCUACAAAUCGCACGAGGUUAAAAUCAACGGGCCGGUAAAGACCCGGCAAGACUACAAAGAAUACAUCAAAUUCCUGAAAGAUCUCAUAACGAACAUAAAGCUAAGAAGGGCCAAACUGAAGGUACAAUUUAGAAAAGGUUACAUAGAAGAUCACCUGUUGAGGAUCAUGAAACAGAUCUACGAAAUCGCCAUACAGAAUUUCGCCAACGACUUCGACUUGAGCUUGGCUUACUUCAACUUUUGCAAGGAGUCAAACUUCAACCACACCGCUUCAUUAGCCAUCAACAACAUGAUAAGGAACUUCGCCAAGAAACCCGAAACGUGGACGGUGGGCGCCAGUUGGUUCAUGAAGCACGACGUAAAACAGGCCAUCAGCCUCCUCCACAAGGGGCUGACGAUCCAUCCCUGCUCGAGCGACUUGUACAUUCAAAUCAUCGAAAUGGAGUUGAUGUGCAAAGAGAAGGCCGACUGGCCGGUGGAUCCCGAGAAGGUCGAACAGCAAGAACAAACGUGCUACAGUAAAAUAGACACUUACGUCGACACCCUAUUCCUAAACAUCAACAACUACCAAUGCUUGGUGGAGGUGGUCAACAUACUGGACCAGCACUGCUUCGCGAGGCCCAUACAAGAAAAAAUAAUCAAAACCCUAACCACCCAGUAUCGAAACGAGGAGAAAGUCUGGGGUAUACUGGCCGAUCGCGAGUGGAAGGGGCGCCAUUACCCUUACCAAGAGCCCCCCACGUCGCUGCAUUUCCGGCUAGAGAAGUGCAUCAAAAAGUUCGAAGAAGGUCUCAGCGAAAUCGAGCAAAGGCGAAAGAAUACUCUGAGGGAGAUGUACCUCGACUAUCUCAUCGCUCUACAUCGGCAGGAAGAUAGCUGUAACAGUUACAUAAAAGACCACUUGUUGAAGAAAUUCCACGAAGCGAAGGAUCUAACGGUACUCGCAGAGAGGUACUACAUAAUUUGGGCGAAGUUAGAAACGGACGAGCGCCUCGUAGUUUCUAUAGUCGAAGACGGCCUGGCGAUGAAUCCGGACUCGGUCGAUUUGUGGAUACUGAAGCUGAGAUGCUUGGUAGUGAGAAACGCCAGUUCGGAGGAAAUCAACCAGGUGUUUAAAAAUGGGCUGGAGAAGCUGAAAGACAAGGCCGGUCCGCUGUGGCAGAUGAUUCUGAACUACCACAUCGUAGCGUCUCCGAACAGCGUUAUAGAAAGGGUUUAUAGGGACGCGAUCUCGCAACCCAAAGAAAUAGCCAAUUGCAUCAAACCGGACUAUAUCGAAUGGGUGGCGCUGAACAAAGACGUUAACAUAGCGAGAGAGGUUUACAAAGAGUUGGCGAAUAGGGAACCGUAUUGCAAGGAAUUGCACACGAAAAUGUACAAACUGGAAACGAACGAGGUGAUAAUAAACGUCGAGCACAUGGAAUAUCCUAUGCUUUUAGCUUGUAAACAAUUCGGCAACGAAGAUCCCGAUGUUUGGAUUAACCUCAGGAAUAUGUACUACCAGUACAAUCAGGCUUUUCAGGAUUACGAUGAAACGUUCGACCUCAACGAGAAAACGUUGAAGAUCAGACAGGAAGCCGAAGCUUCGCUCAAAAGUAAUGUUAUAAUGUUGGCUGAUUUUAGGGACAAAUUCGACGCGCCUGUAAAUAUCGAAUGUGAAAUAUAA